AUGGAUCUUGUAACCUUUAAACUGUUGAAAACAGAGAGAAUUGAGAGACGGAAAUGCACGGUGUUUCCAUUCCACCCGCACGAGGCGAAAGAGGAGCUAAGUAGAAAGCACGGAGUUGUGGUUUGGAUCCCAAGCGAUCUUCAGAGACUAGUAGUGACCGCUGCGCAAGAGCUCGGGCUAUCGGAUGAAGCCUCCUUAGUAAUAUUAUCAAAAGAAGAAGGUCGUAUCACAGACGUUGAUAUGAUCAGUGAUGGACAGAAACUGUAUUUGAUCAGUGAUACUACUGAUCAAACAUAG